AUGGCUAAAAAAUCAACGUCCAGUGCCGCAACGGCGGCAAAGCGUGCACCCAAAGCUACACCACGCUCAGCCAAGCCAACGCGUCGUCGCGCGUCAGUCUCAGAAAGCGACUACGACAAUGAGAGCUUACCUGACAAGGACGACGAUGUCCCAAAUCCAAAGAGAAGGAAGGUCGCCGGCUCAGAAUCAAAAGCCCAAAAGGCCGCUCUGUAUGAAAAGCUCUUUGGAAAUACCGGCAGCAACGAGCAGAAUGGAAGUGGUCAUCACGAUGGUGGAAAGAAUGUCUACUGCACACUUCCUCUUCGCACCCACCCGCUCAUGUAUCACCGCCCACUCCUCCUUGACGCAGCAACAUCGCGCAAGGCCAAGGAAGCACAAGACUCGCUAUUGUCAUGGUUCGACAAGGUCAGCUCUGUGCGCUCGAUGCCCUGGCGCAAGCCGUGGAUCGACCCCAGUUCCAUCAAUGAUCCUCUCGAGCUGCGGCAGAUGCUAGAGCGACGCGCGUAUGAAGUAUGGAUCAGCGAAAUCAUGCUUCAGCAGACACGGGUCGCCGUCGUCAUCGACUAUUGGAACCGAUGGAUGGACAAGUGGCCCACCAUCCAUGACCUGGCAGCAGCCGCCUCAGAAGACGUGUUGGCAGCGUGGCGUGGGCUGGGGUACUACAGCCGCGCAACGAGGAUUCACGAGGCUGCGAAGCUGAUCGUCGGGGACGCAGGCAUGAAAGGGCUGAUUCCUGAGGAGGUUGCGACGCUGGUGGCUGAUGUGCCCGGCAUAGGUCCGUAUACCGCCGGUGCGAUCUCAGCUAUCGUGUUUGGAAGGGCAGAACCGCUGGUGGAUGGGAAUGUGCUUCGAGUGCUUAGUAGGCAGCUGGGCCUUUUGGGAAACGUCAAGUCGGACAAGACGAUUAUUGACGGGCUUUGGGCGGCCGCUGGUGCGCUAGUCAGAGACGUUGCCCGAGCUGGUUAUGAUGACCUAGCAGGGCCGCCACCCAAGAGCGAUAGACCAGGCCGCUGGGGCCAGGCCUUGAUGGAGCUGGGUAGUACCGUUUGUACGCCGAAGCCCAACUGCUCUGCGUGUCCCAUCACAACUACAUGCCGUGCCUAUCAGGAGGGGCGGGCUAUGGCGAAAGGGGAGAAGAGCAGCCCCGUCUUGAAGGACUCACCGCCAGUUAUCGAUAUCGAGGACAUGUGCACACUCUGUGAACCCAUAGAGGAGGCUGGAGGUGAAGAGGAGGAGAGCGAAACUGUGGAGAAGCAGAAGAAAAAGGCCCCAGCCAAGGUUGUCGCAAAGCAAGAGUCAAAGACACAAAUGAAGCUGACUGCUUUCGCAUUCAAGCCAGAUGCGAACUCCAGCAAGUCGCUAGCAAUACGAGAAAGAGAGGCGGCAUCGAAACUCAGUGCAAAAGAGGACGAAAUCACUGUCAGUCACGCACGCAAGUUCCCUCUGAAGGUGGUCAAGAAGGCUGUCAGAGAGGAGGCUACACUGGUGUGCGCCAUAUGGAGUCGAAAGGACCAGAAGCUGCUGAUCCGUCGUCGGCCGCAGACGGGACUAUUGGCCGGGCUAUGGGAGUUUCCGUCUCAGACCUUUGACGAUAAGGAUGAGGAGGCUGGAGGAGUUAAGGCUAGAAAGGAGCUGGCACAGGCGUACGUCGGGAGCAUUGCUCGGGAUCAGGGGAAGAAGGCGGUGGCUAAGCACGUUCGAGAGCUGGGGAACGUACCCUGGCUAUUCUCCCAUCUGAAGCUAACCAUGUACGUUCAUCUUUUCCAGAUAGAGGGAGAGGAUUGCAUUCCGGUAGAUAGCGCGGUCGAGACUGUCGAUGGUUCAAUGAUGCGGUGGAGUGAUGAUGUUGAGCAGGAGUCCAUGGGAACGGGGAUGAGGAAGUGCUGGUUUCUCGUUAAGGAAGUUAUUGAGCAAGCGGCGAUAUGA